AUGAAUGCAACAAGAAUAGCUGUGGUUAAGUCUAAACUUCCACCAUGCUGCGUGAGGGUUUUGCCGCAAGAUACUUCAAUAAUAGUACUAGGAACAUACAAACUGGAGCAAAAUGGCUCACGACAUGGAAGCAUUGAGGUGUACAAACAGGAGGAUUCAAUCAACUACCUGCUAAAUUAUCCUACUGAAUCUGCUAUUUUAGAUCUCAAGAUCAACCCAUUCAAUGCAAACAUUUUAAUAAGUGCUCAUUCAACAGGAGAGAUCAUUAUAUGGAAAAUAGAUUCGGAAGACAAAACGAAAUUGACAAAAAUUCAAGUGUUCGAUCAAGAUCCUGAGUGUCUUGCAACAUCGAUAGUCUUUUCACCGGUAAUUGAAAACAUAGUGUCUGUAACAGGCACAGAUGGGUCAGUUAAGCUUGUGGACCUUGAACGAGGUGACAUAACCAAUUUUUCAACGAAGCACGAUUUUGAGUGCUGGAUCACAAACUUUGGAAGCCAGAAUGCGUUAGAGAACGUUAUUUUUAGUGGUGGUGACGACGCCCAAUUGAUUGCUCACGAUUUAAGGGAGCCGAACACAAGUAUAUUUGCGUCCCGAAAGCUUCAUGACGCAGGAGUCGUCAGUAUUUUACCUUCUACUAUCUGCUUGCACCAGUCACACACAAGCGAAUGGAAGACGAAUAACCCUUAUGAAUUGUGGACGGGAUCAUAUGACGACCAUAUAAAAUCCAUUGAUUUGAGAGUUUUACCUCCAAAUAAACUUAUUGCUGGAUAUCCUCCCCGAGUAAUUGAUGAGCUCAACUUAGGGGGUGGAGUCUGGAGAUUAACGCCCUCUCCAUUACCGAAUGACGAUAGAGUUUUGGUCAAUUGCAUGUAUGAUGGGGCACGAAUAGUAAAUAAGGACGAUGCUAAAGAAUUUGAAGUGCUCAAGACAUUUACUGGAGAUCACGAAAGCAUAUGCUAUGGUGGAGACUGGAUUGAACCCUCUCAGGUAAUCACCACUAGCUUUUACGACGGAAUAGUGCAAUCAUGGGUACCAUAG